AGUGGACUAUCCUCUAGCUGCGCUUCCGUUGCAGGCUACGCGGCCGAGUAGUUCUGUAUUAUCUUUUCGCACAAAAAAGAAAGUCCAGGCUGAAGCGAGGUCCCCUGACACUGAAACUGAGCCAAUGCCUGUCCUAUCCUAUCCUAGUAAUCUUCGUCACGACGAGGCGCAUUCACCCGCCAUGGCUCGGUGACACAUUUCCGCCUAUGCUCUCCUACAUGAUGAUUUGAAUCUAUUCGGCAAGAUGCCUAAGAUUUCCCUGGCGAGUUCUACCCGCUAUUCUAGCUUGUUGUUGGCUUGUCAGUUGUUGCUGUUGUUGUUUCCCGACUGAAGAUCCUGCUGCUCCUGAUGGAAAACGACGAAGGUCAGGCUUUUGCUCUCCUACAUACCUGUAGCGAACACGAAGGUCAUCACGGGAUUGAUGCCGGUCUCCAGCAUGGUCCUCGUUGGACACCUACCACAGAAGAUGAUGCUGAAGCAAGAGAAGGACAUGGAGACGAGGACCAAAAAGGAUGCUGGUGCUCGUGUUGGGGCAGAGAUUUCGAAGUACUUGUGUGAUUCCACAGAAGCGAGGGUGGGGACAAUGCUGCUCAACAUCCUGCUUCACAAAGCCGACAGCACAUUGUGGUCUAUGCUCAUGCUUCAGGAAGCCUACACAGUUCUAGCACACAUACUAGAACGCACAUUGCUCCUACAACUCGCGAACCUUUGAAGCCUGGAUUAGUCUCAUCACCUGCAACACCUUUGUCGAAAAGCGACCUGCAUCUCGGAGAAGAAAGUCCGAUGCAAACCAUGCCACAGCGUCGCUCGGACAGUCAAAGUUAUGUUUAUGAUUCGUUGAUAAUGAUAUGAUUAUGAAUGUAUGAAGUACUUGCUUCCUAAAUAGAAGAUACCCAGUAUUUUUCCCUCACAUCUUAGGUUAGUCCCUGCUGCAUCCAAUACUACCUACGUGUGCAGCUAGUACAAGAACAACUUCUAGCUGCCGUGAUUUUUGUUGAUACAAGGAAGGCUCAGUGUUGGAUCAUGGUCGGGGGGUAUUGUUGAAGCCUCAAUAGUAUUCUGGAUACAAGCUCAGUAAUCGGUUAGUCCGGAUACAAGCAAGACUCAAUCAAUCUGUGAUCAUUUCAAAGCCAAUGUAAGUGUCCUCUCUGUGACACAACUAGUGUCUAUCAUGUUGAUGCCUGCAACGCUGUCCAUCUAAUUGCAUGUAAGAUUGCUACUAGUAAGACUGUUCCUCGUAGCACUGAUCGAUUUGGGGCUGGAUCGAAAACUUCGGAGAUCGAUGUGUAGGCCAGCCUGCGGUGUUUCAGCUUCAGUCGGCCUUACGAUUGUUCUAGUCCGUGCGCUUUUUCGGCGUUUUCAUAGUCGUAAACGCUCGCCUUUCUGAGGCGAGCCAAAUCCUAUCCUAUCCUAUAACUUGAUGUAACAUUGUCUUCGUGCUAGUAAUUUUUUUCAAUCUUCUUCAUCUUGCACAUCAAUCUGAAGUAGCUGUGGCUGCAGCACGAUAUGUAACAAACCUUUAGCAGCUCAUACCGAUUAUCUUGCAAGUUCAUAUUCCCUUCAUUCACAUAAUGUUUCGCUCGUAGCUAAUGUCUCGCUCCUCUCGUCUGCUAAUGCUUCUCCCUAUUAUGUAAUUUAUCUCAAAUCUAGAGCUAUGUAAGGAACGCGGCCGUUUCUCGAAGCCGUGUCUUGGCAGUCUCAGAAAACAACAUGAAAGAUCAGAAAUGUUUAAAAUAUCAUGAAGACCAGUGAUUGUCCGAUGAAAAUUUGGUGGUCUCAAUCGUACUAAGUGUACAUAGAUGUAGUAUAACCUCCCGGUGAGUGUGGGUCUCAUGUCUCAGUGGUCGCGCGCGACGCAUUCAUCGUUUAGUGUUAGCACAGAG